AUGCUACCAGAACGCCCUUCGGUCGAGGAUCGGAUAGCCCUUGUCAAAGGUUGCUUCCUUCCGCUAUUGGUCUUCAAGGUGGCUGCUCGUACGGCACUGAACACACGUGAAUCUGACGAGGUGCUAUGCAUGUGCAAUUUCUCCUACAUUCCGCGGGACGUCGGCAAGCUGUACAACGAUUGCUACCAUUGGAACAAUGGGCUUGUGGAUCGUGUGCUGGACGAUCUCGUGCAUCCAUAUCGAGUAUGGGGUCUCCGUGAAGAGGAGGUCGUCUGUCUGUCUGCUAUUCUCGCGAUAAACCCUCUUUAUAAAGAUCUAUCCGAGAAAACGUCCGAUAUGGUAAUGGAGUUACGGAACAAGAUCCAGGAAUGUCUUUAUGUUGUGAUGCGGGAGACAAGACCUGGGCUUUCUGCUGUUCAUUUUGGCAAUCUACUCCUCACUCUUCCCACAGUUUCUACAAUCGCCAAUGAAAUGUGCGAAAAUCUGAAGCGGCGAUUGCCCGAGACGACCGACUCGCCGGUGGAAGCUGAACCGCGGAAAAUGCCGUUUUCGUUGCGUGAGGCCCCAACCGACUACACGUUGGCCGAGAUGUUUGACGAUUUGGACGAGGAAGUAGCGCCAAGCGGUUCCGGAUCUAAAGAAGGCCGCCCUCGAGCUUCUUCUCAACCUCCUGUCGCCUCUACCUCUCGGCUUCAUGGACUCGAGCCGAGGGUUCCACGAGAUUCGAUCCAUUCUUCCCAAGCACAACAAUUUACGUACAACGCUUAUUACACCAUGGCUCCCCAGAUGCAACCGUUUCCGGCACCAAGACGACCGCCGCUGCAGCCCCAUUUCUCAUAUCCGGCGACCACCAGCAGUCGUCCCGCA